ACAAUGAACUUCUCGCAGAUGUCCUCUGCGAAUCGAAACGCACUGUAAUGACGGUCAUGAUCUAGACGGGAUCGAUAGGAAAUACAUUCACCUGCGUGCUGGUCUUGCUUCGCCGAAUACGUUACUCUAUGUACCGAUCGGUCGCCAUUACCAUACGCUCAAACUUUUAGUGUUCUACAGCGGCUCUGAUAAGGCUGUUCAAAAAGCAGCAAUGCCUGGAGUUAUGCCCCAUGAUAUCAUUGAUUUGAAUUAUGAUCUGAUGGAUGGAGAAGUUGAGUUCAAUGUAGUUGGGCUCAAUGAAGUUGGGCUCAAUGAAGUUGAGCUAAAUGAAGUUGAGGGGGUGUUUGAUUCUGUUUGUGCAUUUUGUGACGAUGGUGGUGAGAUUUUAUGUUGUGAGGGAAGGUGCAUGAGAUCGUUUCAUGCAACUGUAGAGACUGGUGCAAAUAUGUGUCCCUCUCUUGGCUUUUCGCUUGGAGAAUUACAUGGGCUUCCGAGAUUUGUCUGUAAAAACUGCGAGUACCAACAGCAUCAGUGCUUUGCUUGUGGGAAGUUGGGCUCUUCUAAUGUGUUCUCAGGUGCUGAGGUCUUCCCCUGUGUUAGUGCUACGUGCAAUUAUUUUUAUCAUCCACAUUGUGUGGCAAAAUUGCUUUAUCGGGAGAAUAAAGCUGCUGCUGAAGAGCUUGAGAGGAAUAUUGUUGGAGGGGGAUAUUUUACAUGCCCGAUCCAUAAGUGCUGUGUUUGUAAACAAGAAGAGAAUAAGGAGGACAGUCAAUUGCAGCUUGCUGUAUGUAGACGAUGUCCUAAGUCGUACCACAGGAAAUGCUUGCCAAGGGCGAUUGCUUUUGAAGAUAUAGCGGAGGAAGGUAUAAUAACAAGGGCUUGGGAAGGUCUAUUACCCGACCGCGUACUAAUAUUCUGCUUAAAUCAUGAGAUUGUUGAAGAACUUGGAAUUCCAAUAAUAGACCACAUAAAAUUCCCUGGCGAUUAAGACGGCACUAGUACAAAGGAAGGCAGCCAUGGAAGAAAAGCUGGGGGCCUAUACUGAUGAGGACGAGUUUACAUGCCAGAGGAUCUAGAGUCGGAGCCGUAUUUAAAAGAUACUUUAAUUGAGUGCUUUAGCACAGAGAUGCUUCUCAAGCUUGAGGCCAUCGUUAGGUACUGAAGGCUGCAAAAAGCUGUUGAAGAGGCUGAGUUUUAUCCAUCCCCUGCGGAUGCUUCUUGUUCAACUCAGUCUGUCUAUAUAUAACCAAUGCAUUCCCUACCAUCUCCUCACUGCUUUAUAACGAGGUGACUUCUGUGGGAGAAUGAACCUGUUAUACUGCAGUCAUCGUCACCACCUGCAUACGCUCCGCCAAUAUACUGCGGGUUUAAGCCCUUUCUUGACGUCUACAGCUUGGCCAUCGGUUGGCUUGACUUUUUUUCUUUUUUUUUUAUCAAUUGUUUUAGGAACUUUGAGGCUUUGUUUCUCAAACACCUGUUUUUCAUAUUUAAGUAUUAUUCACAAACUAUUUAAAGGUUA